AUAGACCUAUAUAAUAUGUAUAUAGACUUUAAACAAGCUUUUGAUAGUGUGAAAAGAGACAGAAUGCUGGAAGACCUUUGUAAUCUAGGUAUACCUAAGAAAUACAUCAGCCUCAUAAAAAUGACGUUGCAGGGUUCAAAAGCCGCAGUCAGAGUAGAUGGAGAACUGACUCCCCUGUUUAACAUCAACAUGGGAGUAAGAGAGGGAGAUGCCCUACCAACCAUGCUAUUCAAUCUAGUUCUUGAGGCAGUCAUCGGAAAAACCAAUAUAACCGGCCAUAUAAACACCAAAUCAGUACAAAUUACUGCAUAUGCAGACGAUGUAGCCAUCAUUAGUAGGAAUAAGCCACGACUAAUGAAAGUGUUCAAACAAACUGAUCCUGAAGCAAGAAAAAGGGGUCUCAAAAUAAACGAAGCAAAAACGAAGUAUAUGACAGUCAAAAGAAUAACUGACAAUGAAAAUAAUAUCACAAUAGAUAACUAUACUAUCAAACGAGUGGAUGCCUUUACAUAUCUCGGCACAGAAAUCAAUCAGAAGAACUCUGUAAGUAACGAAAUUAAUGCAAGUAUUUCCAGCGGGAAUCGUACAUACUAUGCUAAUAAAAGAUUGAUAACAUCGAAAUUAUUAGACAAAAGAACCAAAAUGACUAUCUACAAAAUACUGAUUAGACCCGUAGUAACCUAUGGAUGUGAAACUUGGGUAAUGACGAAAAAAUGAAUGAAAUCAGGACAUUCGAGAGAAAAAUACUGAGGAAAGUAUAUGGUUCGGUACAAGAGGAAGAUGGCACAUGGAGAAUCAGGAGAAACGACGAGGUUAAUGAGUUAAAUGAAGGUUAUGACAUUGUAAGAUUUGUGAAAAGUCAAAGACUGUCAUGGCUGGGACAUGUGCACAGACAAAACGAUGCAAAAACAACAAAGAAAAUGUUACAAUGGAAGCCAAUAGCAAGGCGCAAAAAAGGAAGGCCCAGAACGAGAUGGUUGGAUGACGUGGAAGACGACCUGAAAACAAUGAACAUAAGACAAUGGAGAAGAAGAGCGCAAGAGAGAUCUGAAUGAAAGGACAUAGCCAGACAGGCAAAGUCCCAUCCAGGGUUUUGA